AGACCUGAGUUAGUUCAGAUUAGUCACUGCCAUUUAUUCAGUUAUUGGACAACAUAACGCAACAUUAGCCACGACAGCAUGGCGACCUUGGAUCACAAAUCGCCCAACGUGCUCCUCCAGAGCCUCUGCUGCAGGAUCACGGGGAAAAGCGAAGCUGAAGUGGCCCACCAGUUCCAGUAUGCGGUGCGAGUCAUUGGCAGUAACUACGCCCCCACCAUUGAGCGGGAUGAGUUCCUGGUGUCGGAGAAGAUCAAGAAAGAACUGCUGAAGCAGCGGAGAGAAGCCGACGCCGCCCUGUUCUCAGAGCUGCAUCGGAAACUUCAGUCUCAGAGUUUUCUGAAGCAUCGCUGGUCGGUUCUCUACUUGAUGCUCAGCCUCUCUGAAGAUCCCCGCAAACCGUCCGGCAGGGUGGGAAAUUAUGGAGCUCUCUUUGCCCAGGCCCUCCCCAGGGACGCCCACUCCACCCCCUUCUACUGCACCCGGCCCCAGAGCCUGGCCCUGGCCUACGGGGACCGGAGCGCCGGCCUGUCAGCCAGCGUGGGGACCAGCGGCAUCUCCAGCCUGGGAGUCUACACUCUGAACGGGCCCACGGCCACGCCGCAGUCACUGCUGGCCAGUCAAGCCCCUCAGUCUGCAGCAGGAGUCCAGCCUCUGGGCUCUCGGCUGGCCUGGGCUCUCCCUGUGAGCUGCCACCCCUCCUCGGCUCUGGCCACGCUCGCCGCUCGACCGACCCUCGCACCCCCACUCGGACCUCCAGUCCCCUCCUCCAGAGCGACCCGUCCUCGGCGAGACGGAGAGGUGAGCGAGCCGGCGCUGGUGCGGGACAUCCUCUACGUCUUCCAGGGAAUCGAUGGCAAGUUCAUCAAGAUGAGCGCCCAGGAUAACUGCUACAAAAUAGACGGCAAGGUGGUGGUGUGCAAGUCCCUGAGAGACACCGGCAGCCGGCUGAGCGAGCUCGGCUGGCUGCACAACAAAGUCAGGAAGUACACCGACGUCCGGAGCCUGGACCGGGCCUUCGGGCUGGUCGGACAGAGCUUCUGCGCCGCCCUCCACCAGGAGCUGAAGGAGUACUACCGGCUGCUGUCUGUCCUCCACUCACAGGUGCAGGUGGAGGACGAGCAGGGUGUGACCGUGUGCACCGAGAGCAGUCUGACGCUCAGAAGGCUCCUGGUCUGGAUGUACGACCCCAAAGUCCGACUCAAAACCCUAGCCGCCCUCGUCGACUUCUGCCAAGGUCGAAAAGGGGGCGAGCUGGCCUCCGCCGUCCACUCUUACGGGAAAACGGGAGACCCGCAGAUGAGGGCGCUGGUGCAGCACAUCCUCAGCCUGGUGUCGCACCCCAUCCUCAACUUCCUGUACCGGUGGAUCUACGACGGAGAGCUGGAAGACACCUACCACGAGUUCUUUGUAGCAUCGGAUCCCAACGUGAAGACGGAUCGCCUUUGGCACGACAAGUACUCCCUCAGGAAGUCAAUGAUCCCCUCGUUCAUCACCAUGGACCAGGCCCGCAAGGUUCUGCUCAUCGGUAAAUCCAUCAACUUCCUGCAUCAGGUCUGUCGCGACAGGACGCCGCCGUGCAAGAUCACGCCGGCGUCCACGUCUGCGGACACGCCCAAAGAUGCUGCAGAGCUGCUGUCGGACCUGGAGGGGCCGUUUCAGGGGAAGAUCGACGCCGCCUACUUUGACACCAGCAAAUACCUGCUGGACGUUCUCAACCGUAACUACCUGCUGCUGGAGCACCUGCAGGCCAUGAGGAGAUACCUGCUGCUGGGCCAGGGCGACUUCAUCAGACACCUCAUGGACCUGCUGAAGCCGGAGUUGAUGCGUCCUGCCACCACCUUGUAUCAACACAACCUGACCGGCAUCUUGGAGACGGCAGUCAGAGCCACGAACGCUCAGUACGACAACGCAGAGAUCCUCAAGAGGCUGGACGUUCGCCUGCUCGAGGUGUCUCCUGGUGAUACGGGCUGGGAUGUGUUCAGUCUGGACUACCACGUUGAUGGACCCAUUGCUACGGUGUUUACGAGGGAGUGCAUGGGCCACUACCUGCGUGUGUUCAAUUUCCUGUGGAGGGCCAAGAGGAUGGAGUACACACUGACUGACAUCUGGAAGGGACAGAUGUGUAAUGCCAGGCUGCUCAGAACCAUGCCUGAACUGUCCGGCGUGCUGCAUCAGUGCCACAUCCUGGCCUCGGAGAUGGUCCACUUCAUCCACCAGAUGCAGUACUACAUCACCUUUGAGGUGCUGGAGUGCUCCUGGGACGAGCUGUGGAAGAGAGUGCAGCAGGCGCAGGACCUCGACCAGAUCAUCGCCGCCCACGACACCUUCCUCGACAGCGUCAUCUCAAGAUGCCUGCUGGACAACAGCAGCAGGUCUCUCUUGAACCAGCUGAGGGCCAUAUUCGACCAGAUCAUCGAGUUUCAGAGCGCCCAGGACUCCCUCUACCGCUCGGCGCUGGAGGAGCGCGCCCUCCGGCUGCAGUUUGAGGAGAAGAAGCAACAGCGGGAGGAGGAGGAGGGUCAGUGGGGAGUGACGGCCGAACAGGAAGCGGAAGAGAAGAAGAGGAUUCAGGACUUCCAGGAUACCAUACCAAAGAUGCGCUCCCAGCUCCGCAUCCUCACCCACUUCUACCAGAGCAUCGUCCAGCAGUUCCUGGUGUUGCUGAUGACCAGUACGGAUGAGAGUCUGCAUUUCCUCAGCUUCCGACUGGACUUCAAUGAGCACUACAAGGCCAGAGAGCCGAGGCUGCGGGCGUCACUCGGCGCCAACCGAGGGCGACGGCCGUCGGGCAUCUGACGCCACGAUGACGUCAACAAGCGAGGCUUCCAGUCAUUGGAGCGCCGGCGGAUGACAUCACAGGGACGGGCCGCCGGCCAGCAGACCUCGAAGCGCCUCGUCGUCGAGAUGAUGUCACGCCUCGGAGGAGCGACCCGCCGCGGUUUGUCCGACCAUCCUGUGUCGUGUCGGCGCGGGGGGCGGCCGCCGAGUGAUGACAUCACAGCGGACGGAUCCCCGCGUCGAAAAAUCUGACUUUCCUGAGCGCCGGCUGUGACACGCAGACCCCGCGCGGCGUUAAACGGACUGCCGGCAAUUCUGAAAGACGCGAGUUGAAUUUGGGGAAGCGGAGGGCAGACCGAGCUCCCCCGAGCCGCACAGGGCCACCUGACAUGGCGUGCCUUAUCGACGAGACGAAAAAACCAAAGCGUCGUCUCCGCCCGGUUGCCAAAUCUAGUCCCAACACACAUAACGUAUGUACAUGGAGUUUAUACACCAAUGUAUGUGUGUGUGUGUAUAGUAUGCAUCUUUACACGUCAGCUGUGGCUUUGCAUCUUCUCACUUGGGUUCAACCGAUAUGGCUCUGAUAUUUUUUCAAUUUUUGUAUUUGUAGCCGCCGUUUCAAAUGAUAACAACGAUGAGCACUUUUUUUAAGAACAACUCUUCGACGAGACGCAGUGUUUCCGAACGAAGGGAUCCGCUCUGCGUGAACAGAAGGUCUUCGGGCAUGUUGGAUAUUUCUGCUCCGUAUCGGUCCGACCCUACAUCGCCACUCUCCAGGUUUUUUCCAUCUUUUAUUUUAGCGUGUCAGGUCAGCUGUCCAAUCACAAUCACACAGAGGAUUUUGCAUCGCGCACAACCCCCGACUGAUGAUUCUGCUUCCGUUGAUAGGACGACGAACCACGGCUCAUCCAGAGGACUGACUUAAGAUAUAUUAAUAUCUGACGUUCGUUGGAUUUUAACUGAUCGGUUUACCGUUACAUAAGUGGGGAUUUGAGAGAACCGACUAAUGUAAAGAAUGUUAUUGAGAGAUUGUAGAAGAGCGGUUUCCCGACGCGUUGUCCUUGGUUGGACGCCGUCACGGAAACGAUCCUCACAACAAGCACAACGACCUCGCAUGCAUCAACGGUAGGAACGAUAUAAAUGUUCAGGUUUCUUCAAAAUGUGUAAAUAUCUAGAAAUGAAAGUCCAUAUUUAAAGAGGUUAAUGGUUAUAAAUGUCGACUCCGAUUUAUUUUCUGAAAACAAUAGACUGACAUUUUAAAGAAGAAAACAAGAGCGUUGUUGGUAGUAUUCAUAUGUGAGGCGUUGCUCCGUGCACAUAUCGAAGGCUCAAUGUCGUGGAUCGGCUCCCCAAACCAAUCACUUUUUAUCAAUUGGACAUAUUUGCUGGCAGAAGACAGUCGAAUGCUCUUUUUUUUUUUUUUUUUUUAAAGGCCCUAAAUGUUUGAGAUUGAAAAGUCAAGUGUUUGAAUUACCCAGUUAUACAAUCAUAAACCGCUGUGAGCAUUGAGCUGACCACGGAGGAGCUGAUCCUGGGUCAGGGAGGACACGCAUGGACUUCUGCAUAUAGACCCACGACAGUUCUGCGUUUUGUGAAGUCUCCUCUGGAGCUGCAGAACUCUUUUUCCACUCGAGUUGAGCAGCAGAUGUCAUUUAUUAUCGUCUCUGCUCUCUGGUGGUGAGCUCCUUCAUGAAUAUGAAUUAAUGUGAAGCACCAAACUGAUCCUGGGUCAGCGCCUGUCCUCUCCAUUGUAUAGCACAUAAUGUAGAAGAAAGGGAAACGAACCAUCCCGUUCCUCUUUAAUAAAACGUUUUUUUUAUUCAUGCGUGUCUGACCUUCAUGCCCCAUGAUGCCGAGCGGCUCGGCCUCCGAAUUGACCUUGAGCGUACUGCCACCUACGGGCCGGACAACGAGUCGAGGUAAACUUUGCACAUUAAUUUCCACGUUUGACAUUAUUAAUAUAUAUAUAUGUGUAUGUGUAUAUAUAUAUUUAUACAUACAUACAUACAUGUAAAGAGUCGUGAUGCUCGAUAACGUGUGAUUGUUUCAUUGUCAAACUUUUGAGGAUUUCACUUAUUGGUGAAUGUAGGAAGCGUUAAACACUUUUCAGAAACAGUGACAAUGAAAAUAUUAAACCACGUUUAUGCCAAAAAAGUAGCCGGACACUGCAGGGAACCGAACCCCAUCCCAGUAAACCAGGAGUACCAUUACCAGUGCCUUUGUUCUUUUGGAGGCUUGUGGGUUAUUUUAAUUUCUAGUUAACUAGGAUAAAAUAAAUAAAUGAAUAUAAUAAAUGAAUAAAUAAUUAGAAUAAGUAAAAUAAAUAAAUAUAUUAUCCAUCCAUCCAUUCUCAUCCGCUUAUUCCGGGGUCGGGUCGCGAGGGCAGCAGACCCAGCAGGUCGACCCAGACUUCCCUCUCGCCCGCAACAUUUUCCAGCUCAUUCUGGGGGAUCCCGAGGCGUUCCCAGACCAGCUAAGAGAUGUGAUCCCUCCAGCGUGUCCUGGGUCUUCCCCGGGGUCUCCUCCCAGUAACGGAAGGCGUCCAGGAGGUGUCCGAAUCAGAUGCCCGAACCACCUCAGCUGACUCCUUUCGAUGCGAAGGAGUAGCGGCUCGACUCCGAGCUCCCUCCUGAUGUCCGAGCUCCUUACCCUAUCUCUAAGGCUGAGCCCGGCCACCCUACAGAGGAAACUCAUUUCGGCCGCUUGUAUUCGCGACCUCGUUCUUAUGGUCACUACCCAAAGUUCGUGACCAUAGGUGAGGAUUGGAACGUAGACCGACCAGUAAAUUGAGAUUGGUACUGCUCCACCUCCCGCACCAGCUCUGGCUCCUUCCCCGCUAGCGAGGUGACAUUCCACGUCCCUAGAGCUAGUCUAUGUCGCCGGCGAUCGGCUCGCCCAGGUCCCCUGCCCAGCCUGCCGCCCGGUCUACAUAGCACCCGACCCCGAUGAUUGUCCCUGCGGGUGGUGGGUCCACAGGGUUGCUGCUCCAUGUUGUUUCUUCGGGCUGAGCCCGACCGGGCCCCAUAGGCGAAAGCCCGGCCACCAGACGCUCGCCGACGAGCUCCCCUCCUGGGUCUGGCUCCAGGAGGGUGCCCCGGUUUCCCUUGUCCGGGCGAGGUAGCUGAAGACCGUGUGCUGCUAUUCAUCAGGGUUUUUGAACCGCUCUUAGUCUGGACUCUCACCCGAGGCCUGUUUACCAGGGGCUAAUGCCCCGGACAACAUAGAUCCCGGGAUCACUGAGCCUCUCAAACUCCUCCACCACGUUAAGGUGGCGAUUCACGGAGGAGAUAAAUGAAUUAAAUAAAACAAAUAAUAAAUUAAAUAAAUAGAUCUUCUCGGUUUUCUGUUGAUAAAAGUUGAUAGUCUCCUGGUCGUUGGUGUUCUUCAAGGCAGAUCUCAGUUUCUCAUUCUCAACAGUGAGCCGAUUACCGACACUUCAGGGUAUCGAACCCCAUCCCAGUAAACCAGGAGUACCAUUACCAGUGCCAUUUUUCUUUUGGAGGCCCCCCCUCCAACCGCUCGAGAUUCAAAGUGUUCUCAAACUUGAUCUUGUUGUUAGCCAUCGUCUCCCCGCAAAGGGCUUUCUCCAGUGGCUCAGUUCUCCAUGUGUGGGUCUUCUGAGCGUCGUCACUGGUGGUAACGUUCUCUUGAUGGAUGAUGCAGGGUUUCUACGCGAAAAGCUGCAUGUCUCCAAUGACUUGUUUGUUGAUACAUGUCUUCUGUAGCUAACAAGUUGAUCUUGUCUGAGUGCGCUUUGGUUCUCUGUGCGCUUUGGUUUGGUUCUCUGUGUGUGUUGUGCCGAAAUACUCAAUAAUGCUCUAAGAAACUGAAGUUGUUGUCUCCUAUAUCUUGGCAUCCGUGACAACACUGAUUAAAGCCCCAUAUCCCCCCCUUCAUGAUUUUGUAUUUGUAUUUUUCCAAACUACUGAAUGUUCUAUAUACACCGUUCUGUAUACCCCAACUUCUUGGAAGUGGUAUUUUUCUUCAUUCCUGCGUUUGCAAAAUCAAUACAAAAUCAUGAAGAAAACAAAAUAAAAGUUUGAAUCCUC